UAUCGCCGUCCGGUGUCCCUAUCCUCAAGGCAAUGGUACUGCGUUACGUAUCGCCGUUCAGUCCAUGCCCGGUCAACUACUGCGUUACGUAUCGCCGUCCAGUAGUGACCCGACCAUCUACCGCGUCCAGUAGUGGCCCAACCGCCCGGGGGUCCAAUUAUCAUCAUCCAUACAUCAUAAACACACACAUACAUAGCACAACGCGUGCCUCCACCCUUACAGGCGGUGGGAUGCCUCACACACAUAAUCGCGCUUACUUGAAAAUUAAAUAACAUAACUGAAUUAAAAAGGCAUAAACUGAAAGACCUCGACGGAGAUUUUACCCCCUUUACACUCACCUCAUAUCCGUCGAAACCGACUCUGAUUCUUAUAUAAAAUUCUCAUACUCGCCUCCAAAAUAGUCUCCUUGCUUCCUCGAUUCCAUAGGCGUCGACGGUUGCUCGUUUGGACGUCAAAAGGACAAGGUAUGGCCAAAAUAAGAAUUACGUCAGAUUCUAAAAUAUCAGGUACCAAAUCCUUAAUUUUCCACGUCAACCCUUUGACCCUGAACCUUCUGUAAAAUUUCUUAUUCAAUCCACCAAUUUUUCGAAUUACCAAGAAUGGUACCUGAACUUGAUAGAUUUUAUCCAAACUUUGGAGGCUCGAUUCUCCUUCGUCCGAUGUCAGAAUUCGAUUUUGUUGACAUGGUGAUGAUCCUGGGAUCGUCAUCUUCACAACCAUAUCCACCCUUUUAAUUACGAUUGAAGUCAUCAAAGUCAACAACGCCGGGGUGGUCGCCUAUAUCGUCGACGGAGAGGGAUCCAAAAGCCGCUCCACUCCCUUUGUUCACGGUCGUCGUUGCUGGGUUCGCGCUCUUCUCAGCGUCGUCCCGUACCCGUCUCUCAUCCUUGCUGCUGCCGCCAACUCCAAUCACGUAAGAAGGGGGAGGUGGAGCUGUUGUCAGUUCGGUUUCGCCAGCGCUGUCUGCUCCGGCAUUGUUGCGUCUGCCUAGCGAAGGAACGGGAUGUAGGGGGGAAAUGGGACACGCUCUUUUGCUACCUGGUUGCUUCGUUGGGGCUGGGAAAUAAAUAGACAACUGGAGAUGAUUCUUUCUUCCACUCUAAAUUGCUUCUCUCGGUUACAGGGGAAAUAAAAGGAAAUGGAAUGAUAGUAACGGGUUUUGGGGUAUUAAUGGGCAAACGUUGGGGGCUUAAUGGUGUAAUGGGUUUUGGGAUUUUUCUUUUAUUGUUUAAUUGUUUUUUUUUCUUUCUUUCAUGGCUCAUGGGAGAUGAAACGUGUGGGAUGGGGAUGAUGAUGUAUAUUAUAAUAAUAACAACAAAAGUUAAUGCUAUUAUUAUAUUUCUAAUUCACGGUUUCGAAUCUUCGUACGUAGUCGUGGCUCUAACCGCCUUUGAACUUUUUGGUCGAACUCUGAUCGAACUUAUACCCGGAUUUGGGGUGUUACAAAGAACAAGGUAUAGCUUUCACUCCUCUCUUUCAUUUGAGUCGAUUCUUGUCUUCUUCUUUUUGUUUUCAAAAAAUCUAAAGAUGUAAAAGAGGGAUUUUUCCUUCUGUUCGUCAGAAGCGGUCGACCUGUUCAUCAUCGUAGUCGAUCGCAACUGGCUUUUAAUCUAUUUUAUUUCUGUUUUAUGGACCGAGGUCGACCUAUGAUGAUAUUGAGGUCGACCGGUGAAGUUCGAGUUGAGAUUUCUGGCCUUAUUAUUUAGAUCUGUAGCUUGAAAAUAUGGACUUUGUCCUUCUGUUCGCCAGAUGCGGUCGACCUUUUCAUAAUCAUGGUCGACCGCAUCUGGCUUUAAAUCGAUUUUUAUUUCUGUUUUAUGGACUGAGGUCGACCUAUGAUGAUAUUGAGGUCGACCUAUGAUGAUAUUGAGGUCGACCUGUGAAGUUCGAGUUGAGAUUUCUGGCCUUAUUAUUUAGAUCUGUAGCUUGAAAAUAUGGACUUUGUCCUUCUGUUCGCCAGAUGCGGUCGACCUUUUCAUAAUCAUGGUCGACCGCAUCUGGCCUUAAAUCGAUUUUUAUUUCUGUUUUAUGGACUGAGGUCGACCUAUGAUGAUAUUGAGGUCGACCUGUGAAGUUCGAGUUGAGAUUUCUGGCCUUAUUAUUUAGAUCUGUAGCUUGAAAAUAUGGACUUUGUCCUUCUGUUCGCCAGAUGCGGUCGACCUUUUCAUAAUCAUGGUCGACCGCAUCUGGCUUUCAAGCGAUCUUAUUUCUGUUUUAUUUGUGCGAAACUAACACUGGUUGACCGCUUCUAUUUAUGAGGUCGACCGAAUCUGUUUUGCACUCAAUUGAUACGAGCAUUUGGGCCAUUUCUUUUGUUUUAAUUUAGCCGAGGUUGACCUAUGAUGCUUCUGAGGUCGACCUAUGAAGGCAAAAGUUCGAGUUGUGCUUUUGUCUUUGAAUUAUUUGUGCAAAACUAACACUGGUCGACCUCUUCUAUUUAUGAGGUCGACCGAAUCUGUUUUGCACUCAAUUGAUACGAGCAUUUGGGACAUUUCUUUUGUUUUAAUUUAGCCGAUGUCGACCUAUGAUGCUUCUGAGGUCGACCUAUGAAGGCAAAAGUUCGAGUUGUGCCUUUAUCUUUGAAUUAUUUGUGCAAAACUAACACUGGUCGACCUCUUCUAUUUAUGAGGUCGACCGGAUCUGUUUUGCACUCAAUUGCUACGAGCAUUUGGGCCAUUUCUUUUCGUUUUAAUUUAGCCGAGGUCGACCUGUGAUGCUUCUGAGGUCGACCUAUGAAGGCAAAAGUUCAAGUUGUGCCUUUGUCUUUGAAUUAUUUGUGCAAAACUAACACUAGUCGACCUCUUCUAUUUAUGAGGUCGACUGGAUCUGUUUUGCACUCAAUUGCUACGAGCAUUUGGGCCAUUUCUUUUCGUUCUAAUUUAGCCGAGGUCGACCUAUGAUGCUUCUGAGGUCGACCUAUGAAGGCAAAAGUUCGAGUUGUGCCUUUGUCUUUGAAUUAUUUGUGCAAAACUAACACUGGUCGACCUCUUCUAUUUAUGAGGUCGACCGGAUCUGUUUUGCACUCAAUUGCUACGAGCAUUUGGGCCAUUUCUUUUCGUUUUAAUUUAGCCGAGGUCGACCUAUGAUGCUUCUGAGGUCGACCUAUGAAGGCAAAAGUUCGAUUUAUUUGUGCUAAACUUAUUGAGGUCGACCUGUGAUGAUAUUGAGGUCGACGUCGACCUGUGAUGAUAUUGAGGUCGACCUCGGGACAUUUAAAUCGAUUGAAAGCCAAUUGUGACUUUCAGAAGGAGUGCAGUGCAGGACAUUAGGCCACCUUGCAAUGCACUCGAAGACACAAACGUUUGUGUCUUCGAGUGCAUAGCAAGGUGGUCUAAUGUCCUGAACUGCACUCCUGCUGAAAGUCACAAUUGCCUUUCAAUCGAUUUAAAUUUUCCGAGGUCGACCUAUGUUUUUUCUGAGGUCGACCUAUGAUUUUCAAUCGAUUUAAGUUUUGUACUUGAAUUGUUACGGGUUUAUGUCGACCCAUUCUCAUUUUAAAUUAACUGAGGUCGACCUAUGAUUCUUCUGAGGUCGACCCAUUCUCGUUUUAUAUUAACUAAGGUCGACCGCUUUAUGGAGUGGUCGACCGCGUAUUGUUCAAUUCGAAAAUGUGACUAACGUGUAUUCUUGCUUGUUUAAUGGCAGGAUGUUUGGCAAAAAUAAGAAAAGAAAGUCACAAAAAGCUGCUGCCUCAAGUUCGGAAUGGGAAGAGUUCAAUCCCAAACUGUUCCAGACCAAGGAUCAAAGUGACAACUAUGAAGAGAAGAGAAUGCACAACCGCAUGGUGGCUCCUGGAAGGCCAUUGACGACGAAUGCGUAUUCUCAUUUCGAGAAUUACGGGUUUCUGGGACCCUUCAUCGAGCAAGAGUGGCUGAAGGUGAUAUCUCUCAAUGUACCAUACUACCCAAAACUGGUACAGUACUUCUACAACAACAUCGUCUACGAGCGCAAUGCAAAUGGAUCCAUUCACGCAUUCAAAUCCUAUGUGAAUGGGGUGGCGAUGCGCAUCAGCAAGAAUGUGUUGGCACAAGUACUUGAGGCUCCAAACGAGGGGAAGAGAAUCAAUUCUUACGGUGCUUGGAAUGAAACGCAUUUCACGAGAGCCAAGCAAAUCCAGACGGUAUGUGGUCUUGAUGAAGAGGAAGAUGCUCAGGGGCGCAAUAGGCCAACGAGUAACCACCUGACAGUUCAAGCCAGAGUUCUUCACCACAUGCUUUCCUACAACAUUCUGCCAAAGGGUGGACAUCGGGAGACCGUCACCUACUUCGACAUGGAGCUCCUCACCAACCUACUGUUAAGCGAGAAGGUGAACUUGCCAUACUUGAUCUUUAAUCACAUGCUUACUGCUGCAGAGAGUUCAAACAGGAAUCUUCCCUACGGGAUGAUCCUCACUGUGCUAUUUGAGCAUUUUAAUGUGAAUUUAAGUGAAGAGGUGGGGUUAAGAAUCUCAAUGCAGGAGUUCUAUACUGUUUCAUCUCUGAAAAAGAUGGGCUUUGAGCUGCGUAAUGGUGAGUAUGUCAGAGUAAACAAUGCUCAUGGUGGUGAUGAUGAUGAGGGUGAUGAAGGAGCUCGAGACGAGCCAAUGGCGGAGGCACAGAGUUCAACUCCACCGAUCACCUUACAGCAUGUGUGGGAGCGCAUGGAUGGCAUGUACGAGUACAUGGGCCAGAUGUCCACCCAGAUGACUGGCAUGCACGACUACAUGGGGCAAAUGACCGCCCAGAUGAGCACAAUGCAGGUGACCGUGAAUGAGAUGCGAGAUGAGUGGCGAUCUUUCAGCGGAAGAUACAUGCAUCCCACCACAUCCGACCACCAUCAUGCUAGCACCACCAAUGAAGAAAAUGUGGAUGAGAGAGAGGGGGGAGAUGAGUAGGAGAAAUGAGUUUUUAUAUUGUGUGUUUUAGUGGUCAAAACGAUUGUUGAGUGUUAUUCUGUUGUUUUUUUAGUUUUAUUUUUAUGUGUGAACAAUUAUGAUUUCUGUUUUAUUUUUAGUUGUUAUGCUAUGAAUUGAUGAGUCCUUGUUAUAACUAUUUAUGACUAAUUAUGAUGGUUUGAAACAUAAUUUAUACGAUUAAAAGAACCACACAAAUCGACAUACAUAAGCAAAAAAGACACGGGGCAUAGGGUGACUUUCUUGUAUUCGGUCGACCUCGUACCGGAUUAGGUCGACCGCGAAACCAACACUUGAUCUUGAUUUUAUGUCAAAUAAUUGGACACUUUGAUAGAACACUUAUCUUCUAUCUGGUCGACCUCUUUCCUCAUCCGGUCGACCAUUUUGUUAAUGACUGUCAUCAAGUGGUCGACCUAUAUACCUUAGGUGGUCGACCAUGUUGUUUCUGACGCCAACGAAAUGGCCGACCCAGGUUUUAUUCUGGUCGACCAAAAAUAACAACUUAAACUAAGUGCGGUCGACCAGGUGGUCGUUGAGGUCGACCGCAAUGCUUUCUCGUGCUGCCCAAAUUAGUCGAUUCGGUCGACCACCUUCAGCAAUAGGUCGACCGAAAAGUGCAUGUCACCGUGACAUGCAUGUCAUAGUAGGCAUACCCUAAGUUUAGCUAGUGGUAUUAUCAGUUUAUCAUUAGAUCAAACACUUGUUUUGUAACUAUUCAUGGUUAGAGAUGACAAUGGGUCGAGUUUGGCUCCGCUGCUUGUGUUGUGUGGAUUGAGAAUAUUAACACUAUUGUUAUUGUUUUUUUUAUAAGGGUUAUAUAAGUUUAGCUAUUGGUAUUAUCAGUUUAUCAUUAGAUCAAACACUUGUUUGUAACUAUUCAUGGUUAGAGAUGACAAUGGGUCGGGUUUUGCCAAACCCCAACCUGCUGGGUAUCUGCGGGUUCAUGGGUACCCACGGGUUUUUGUCGUAAAAAAUUUACAAUAACAAGUUCCUAUCAAAAUUAAAGUCAAAUAUCAAUCUCUCAAUACAAAUUAUCCAUAUUUAAAACACCAUUCUAGAAAAUUCAAGCAAAUCAAAAAUUAACUAUACAAAUUGUUUAACACCAAUCUAGAAAACUCAAGAAAAUUGAAGCAAAUCACAAAUUAUCCAUAAAUAACAUGAUUAAUUGAAAUCUUAUUCCUUUCAAUUAAGUUUCUUCACUCUCCACUAGAUAACAUCAACUUCAUUCUACACAAUUAGAAAGAAAAAAUUAGACAUGUCUCCACAAACAUAAAUAAGAUUAGUUGUUUAUAAUAUUAAAUAUACCGAGAAAAUUAAUUAUAUGGGUGUGGGCGGGUACCCAUGGGCCGGGUUUACCUAAACCCAAACCCAACCCAACCCGAUGAAUAUUGAACGGGUUUAAACCCAAACCCGGCCUAAAGCCCGUCAACACUGAUUUUACCCGCGUUGACCGGGUUGGGUCGGGUCGGUACCUGUGGGUUCGGGUUUUGUUGCCAUCCCUAUUCAUGGUUUAUUAGGUGUGGUUUGCAGUUAUUGGACUAACCACAAAACGAUAAAUUCUCCUAAUCGCGAUCGUGUAAGACAUUCUUUACAUUGUUAGUGAUUAACCGCUAAUCACACUUAUUUGGUCCAAUACUCUACUAGGAUGACAAUGAGACGAGUUUGGGGUGGGUUUGUCUAAAUCAUCUUCAUCCCUAUUUUUAAAUAUCAAAAUCCAUAUACUCGCCCCAUACCCAUGCGGAGAAGGUUUUGCAACCCCAUUCCCAUGUUCGUAAUUUUUGGAUACCCGUGGGUAAUACACGUCUCCGGACAUCCAACAUUAUUAUACGUAAAAAUUUACAUGUAAAUUUUCAAAUUUAACUCUAAACGAACCUAAUAAAUCAUGAAAUCGACA